GUCAAUAGAUACACUUCAUCGUUUAUUACAAACGCGAAAAUUAAUAAAUAACCAAGUCGCCUUCCAGAGAAACGAAGUUGCUGAAAUGGAAAUCGUCGGCAAUGUGAAGAACUACGACUGGGGUAAGAUCGGCGAGCAGUCCUACGUCGCACAGCUGGCGAAGGCGAACAGUGAUACGCUGGAGAUAAAGGACGAUUGUCCGUACGCCGAACUGUGGAUGGGAGACCACGUCAACGGACCGGCAACCCUGAAGCGUGAUGGAACGACCCUGCAGCAAGCUAUACAGAACGACCCGGUCGGAAUGAUCGGUAAGGAAACGGCGAGCCAGCUACCGUUUCUGCUGAAGGUGCUAAGCAUCCGGAAGGCCCUCAGUGUGCAGGUUCAUCCCGAUAAGGUAGAGGCGGAAAAACUGCACGAAAAGUUUCCCGACGUUUACAAGGAUCCAAACCAUAAGCCCGAGUUGGCUAUCGCGCUGACCGAGUUUCAAGCGCUAUGUGGUUUUAGACAGUACGAUGCAACUGCGGAGCUGCUGAAUGCUUCAAGAGAGCUGCGGGUACUGCUAGGAGAGGACGUGCUGCAAAAGUUCGCUGCGAAGGAAGAAGAUGCCGUUAAGGUAGCGUACGAGCGGCUCAUGCAUAGUGACCAGUCUGCCAUCGAGCGCUGCAUCAACAGUAUUGCCGAACGCAUCCGCACUGGUGAACCGGCUUUGCUGGACAAACUGUUCCAGCGCCUGUACGAUGACUUUGGAGCCGACGUGGGUGUGCUAUCGAUCUACUUCCUGAACUACUUGCGGUUGAAACCCGGCCAGGCGAUCUACCUGGCGGCGAACGUGCCGCACGCGUACCUCGAUGGCGACUGUGUGGAGUGCAUGGCGUGCUCAGACAACGUAGUCCGGGCGGGCUUGACACCAAAGUUCAAAGACGUCGACACACUCCUGCGACUCGUAUCCUAUCGCUGUGCACCCGCCAACAGCAUGAUCUUUCAACCGAAGCUCCUACAACCAACCGUGCAGCCACACACGAAAACGUUCCUCCCGCCGGUGAAGGACUUCGCCGUGUCGGAAAUUAGACUGCCGGCACCAGUACGCGAAUACACCCUCUCCAAUCCGGCGAACGGUUCCGUGCUGCUCGUGCUUGGUGGAAAGGGUCGGUUGCCGUUGGAUCAGGACGAGCCAAUCGAACUAGGCUUUGGUAAAAUAUGCUUCCUCCCCAGCAAACUUGGGCGUACGGUAAAGUUAGAGGUAGACGCAACAGGUGAGGAAUUUCUGGCCUUUCAGGCUAUGUCCAAUGAUUUCGAAGCCACAGAUAACUAGGAAUGCUGUUUCCUUGCAGUGGAUAAGAAAAUUAGUAGGAAUAGAUCGUAGCAAAACUCUUUAUCUAGCAGGAAGAACUCGUUUCUGGGAAGAAAAGGCUGUUAAUCCGCGGUUCGGUGAAAUCCCGUCGUCCGGGGGGAAAAACGCAUUACGAAUUUGAUCGAACAAUUUAUUAUUUACAUAAAUAUUACACAAAACAAGGGCCGUUCUAAAUUAUAAAGUAAAAAAUAAAAACGGUAAAACAGAA